GUGUAGCGGUAAAAUUAUAAAUUUUUGUAAAAAAUCCAUUUGUAAAUGGGCCUCUAAGCCCAACAAUGAAGCAACGCAUUAGUCUUCUCUUCCAUUUGGGAAGCUCCGACAUAUAAUAAUAUCUCCAAAAUACACUCACUGUGAUAGUUGAGCUUCAUACUGUCAUACAACAAGAACAAGAACAAGAAGAACAAGAAAACAAAAAUGGCAAUAACGCUCAACAGUGGCUUCAAGAUGCCGAUUGUGGGUCUCGGUGUUUGGCGUAUGGAAGGAAAAGCUAUCAGAGACCUCAUCAUCAACUCCAUCAAACUUGGUUAUCGCCAUCUUGAUUGUGCUGCUGAUUACAGGAAUGAAACAGAAGUUGGGGAGGCACUUUCUGAGGCAUUUCAGACAGGGCUUGUUAAGAGAGAAGAUCUCUUUGUUACCACUAAGCUUUGGAAUUCUGACCAUGGACAUGUCCUUGAGGCCUGUAAGAAUAGUCUGAAGAAGCUUCAGUUAGAUUAUCUGGAUUUAUACCUUGUUCACUUCCCUGUGGCCACAAAGCAUACUGGAGUUGGUACAACCGACAGCGCUUUAGAUGAAGAUGGGGUGCUAGAGAUAGAUACAACCAUCUCUUUGGAAACUACCUGGCAUGCUAUGGAAGAACUGGUUUCCUUGGGUCUAGUCCGUAGCAUUGGAAUCAGCAACUACGACGUGUUUCUAACCAGAGACUGCUUAGCUUACUCUAAAAUCAAGCCUGCUGUGAAUCAGAUCGAAACUCACCCUUACUUCCAACGCGACUCUCUUCUGAAAUUCUGUCAAAAGCAUGGGAUUUCUGUCACUGCCCACACUCCUCUGGGAGGUGCUGCAGCCAACACUGAAUGGUUCGGUUCAAUUUCAUGUCUAGAUGAUCCAGUUCUCCAAGAUCUUGCAAAGAAAUACAACAGAACCGUGGCACAGAUCGUUCUUCGGUGGGGAAUUCAACGCAAUACAGUUGUCAUUCCAAAGACAUCUAAAGUUGAGAGAUUGAAAGAGAAUUUCCAAGUUUUCGACUUUGAGCUUACCAAAGAGGACAUGGAUCUGAUUAAAACUCUGGACAAGAAACUUAGAACCAAUCAACCCGCCAAGUUUUGGGGCAUAGAUCUGUUUGCAUAAGCAGAGGCUCACAAUUCUAUCCAUAACCAUGUAUUGUGAGAAGAAUAAGAGAGUACAAGAGAAAUAGGCAUCUUAUGAACUGUUCUCAAGACUCAUUAAAUGUUGAACUUGUUAUGUCUUUUAAUGCAAAUUUUCCAAUAUGAUCAUCAA